AACAAUUCGUCCCAUAACCUUUCCCAUUUGCCAGACGUACGACGGCGACGUCUAAACAAAUUUUUCAAAUAUGAAAAAUGUGUGCAUUUCGGUGAUUCUGAUUGGCCUCGCGUGCUCGGCCGCGGCUUGGGACACGGAGGAGCUCGAGAUCUUUGAUCUGGUCGAGGAGAUCAAUCAGAACUUCUACGAAUUGCUGGGAGUUGCUCAGGACGCUCCGCUGAGUGAUCUGAAACGUGCUUUCCGGAACUUGUCCAUCGUCCUCCAUCCGGACAAGAAUGACGCCGAGGAUGCGAACGAACGGUUCAGGAAUCUGGUGUCCGUGUACGAAGUCCUGAAGGACAAGUCCAAGCGCGAGAAGUACGACAAAGUGCUGAAGGAUGGCCUGCCUAACUGGAAGUCCGCCCUGUACUACUAUCGAAGGGUGCGGAAGCUGGGCAUGGCUGAGAUCCUCGCCAUCCUGUUUGCUAUUGCGACCAUUGGACAGUACUUGGUGGCGUGGGGAGUGUAUUUCGAGAAGAAGUACACAGCGGAACAACUCUUCGGUACAAAAAUCAAAAAGCUGCAGAAGAAGAACAAGGUGAGCGUUGGCUUGGAUAACAUCCUGAGCGAGAUUCCAACGCCGAGUGUGAAGAACACGCUGCCUUUCCAAAUCCCGUGGCUCAUCUGGAACGCUCCGAGUCUGCUCAAGUCAGCUUUCCUAACCGUGAACGAAAUAACCCAGCAGGAGUUGGAGAAGAAGCGAAGAAAGGCCGAAGAGCUAAAAAGACAACGAGAGAUUGAGGAAGAAAUCAUUAAACAAAAGGAAGCUAAAAAGGAAUUGAAGGAAACAUUGAGGAAGCGGAAGCAAGAAACCAGUAAAGCUCCUGAGAAGACUGAGGAAGAACUCGCUGGUUAUUCCCGCAUCAAGGCACGUGCCUUAAAUGAUGGAGAUGCCAUUCGAGCUGUGAAAUCCACAAAGGCGACAUUCAGCGGUGGUUUCUGGUCCGAUGAAGAUCUCGUCGAUCUUGUUCGCUUGGUUAAGAAGUACCCAGCGGGAACAGCUGAUCGCUGGGAACUUAUCGCUGAGCACAUGAGCCGCAACGUAGCUGAAAUAACUUUCAUGGCAGCUAAGCUCAAAGAAAAUGGCUAUCGCAUUCCGGGUCACACUGAAAGCGUUGCCGAAAACAUUAUCCAAGAAGCGGAACAAGUGCGGAAAGAAAAAGUCAAAACUAAAAAAUCAACAGCAGCAACCGCCCCUAGUAACGAAACGCUUUGGACCCAAGAACAGCAACAAGCACUCGAAGCUGCCAUCACCAAGUACCCAAAAGCAAGUUCCGGAGAUCGUUGGGCGAAAAUUGCAAACAAUGUUCCAGGCAAAACCCGCGAAGAAUGCCUCCAACGUUACAAGUAUCUUGUCGAAUUGGUUAAAUCGCAACGUGAAGCCAAAAAAUCUGAGUCGGAAACAAAUCAACAAACAGAGGAAGUUGCAGACGAUGGAGGUGUGAAUGCGGAAGAAACAGUAUCGAAUGCAACAGAAACUAGUAAUGUGGAGGAGAUUGAGGAGGAAGUUGAGGAAGUAGAAGAAGAAAUUGUGCAGCCCGUGAAGAAUAAAGGCAAACCGCGAAAUAAACGGAAGGAACGCAAAAAACGUAUGGAGUUUUCUAGCGACGAAGAUGAUUACUCUGAUUGAAAUUUUAGAUUAGAUCGAUGAAAUGAUGUUACUGCACAAAGUAAGAUUAUUAUGUGAGCGGGUACGAUGUGUAAUAAAGACGAACUGACUACGUUUUUGUGUAAAA